UUGUUGUUGAUUCACCCUGACACCGCCAGCCACCAUCUGGAAUUUCUCGAUCUCAUUUAUCUUGGUUUCCUCCCCCUCCAUUCCUGACCUUCUCCCAAGCUGCAUCUGCCAGAGUCUCGGCGCAGCCACAAGUUUCUCGUUUUUUUUGGGAACGCUUGCUCGAAGUAGUUCAGCGCUUGCCUUUUUGAAUCGGGGGUCGUCGGGAUAUCUGUAUUCUGUAUAAGUACGAUAUAACCAUGCAUUGGCCUAAGCUUGCGUCUGGGCUUCUGCUAUCCGCCGUCGCCGUGACGGACGCGCGCCGAAGUUUGCAGCACGUGGGCAAGAAGGAUGCGAGACCCAAGUCUACCAUCUCGGAGCACGAUAACUUCGCUACGCGUUUCUUAGCUACGCGACAGUUACCGCCGCCUAAGUUUGCCAAUGCGAAUACCACAAAGUUCGCCGUCAACGGUACCGGUAUCCCUGAUGUCGACUUCGACGUCGGCGAGUCGUAUGCUGGGUACCUACCCAUCACCGACAACCCUGACGAUACCGAUGAGCUCUUCUUUUGGUUCUUCCCCUCGUCCGCCUCGACGAAUACGACCCAGAAGGAGAUCCUGUUAUGGCUUAACGGUGGUCCCGGCUGCUCCUCUUUCGAGGGUCUCCUCCAGGAAAACGGCCCCUUCAUCUGGCAACCCGGCACCCUAAAGCCGAUUCCUAACCCGUGGGCUUGGAACCGGCUAACAAACGUGGUAUGGGUAGAACAGCCCAUCGGCACGGGUUUCUCGCGCGGCAAGGUGACGGCCCGCGGAGAGGAGGAUGUAGCCGCCCAGUUCCUCGGCUUCUGGAAGAACUUCAUAGACACAUUUUCCCUACAAGGCUACAAAGUAUACAUUGCGGGUGAAUCCUACGCCGGCGCAUACUGCCCGUACAUCGCAUCUGCCAUGUUAGACAAGAACGACAGCGCCUACUACAACGUGUCAGGUCUACUCGUAUACGAUCCCGUCCUCGGCGACGACGUUGUCCAAGACUCCGCCACCACGGUCCCCUUCGUCGAUUACCACCACAACUUGUUCACCUUCAACAAUUCCUUCAGCGCCCACAUCCACGAACUACACGAUUCCUGCGGCUUCGCUGACUACAACGCCAAGUACCUGACGUACCCACCACCAGGCCUGCAGCCCCAGGGCUACAGCCAGAGCGUCAGUUCCGAGUGCCAGAACCUGUGGGAAGUCAUCCUAGAAGAAGCACUCAGCAUAAACCCUUGCUUCGACGUGUACCAAGUCGCCAUCACAUGUCCCCUGCUGUGGGAUGUCCUCGGCUUCCCCGGCACGAUCGGAUAUCUCCCGGAAGGUGGUGAAAUCUACUUCGACCGGGCCGACGUGAAGAAGGCGAUCCACGCGGACCCCAACACCAAAUGGGCCGAGUGCACCGACGGCGACGUCUUCGUAGGCGGUGAUAGGUCAGACCCGUCUUCGUGGAAAGUACUCCCGCAUGUCAUCGAUGCCACAAAGAACGUCAUCAUCGGACACGGAUCUCUCGACAUGAUCUUACUGCCAAACGGCACUCUACUCACGAUCCAAAACACAACGUGGGGUGGACAGCUUGGCUUCCAAUCCCCUCCCGUCGAGCCGUUCUUUGUGCCGUUCCACACCCUCAGCACAGCAGACCAGAUCGAGCAGGAAACCGACCAGACAAAGCUGGGCAGCAUCGCCGCGGCUGGUGUACUGGGGACAGCACACACGGAACGAGGACUCACCUACGUCAGCAUCGACCUGUCGGGCCACAUGGUCCCGCAGUACGCGCCCAGUGCCGCAUUCCGCCAUCUCGAGUUCCUGCUCGGUCGUGUUGACAGCCUGAGUUCCGUCCAGCCGUUUACUAUCGAACCCAACUACCCACAGCCCCCUGCAGACGCGCUGGGAAAUGGCACGGGACCUGCGACGUUCAGCACGGCGGCGGAGCAUGGGACAGGUAACGUGGCGGCAAGUGCUGAGGCGAAGGGCUCUGAUGCGGGGAGGAUCGGGGUGGGCUUCAGUGCGAUGUUAAUGGCCGCUGGUGCCAUGACAAUAGUUGCGAUGCCGAAUUUGUGAUCUGUUAGUUAUAAACUGUUCGGUUAGGGAUUAUAAAAUAUAAAAUGCAAUUUCUUGUAUAACUAUUCGAUUGCGAUCAAUGAAGGUUUGCCAAAAUUGUAAGAUUUUUUUAUUUUUUUUUAUUCAUUCAUGGAAUUCGAAAUCAUCAAUAUGACACGGGAUUCCCUGCACUGAGAAAUUCAUGAAUAGCAAAAUACUUGUAAGUGAUUUUUAGUACAUGAGGGGAGUAGAACAACGAACUACACCAUGUCCUACCCAAGGAGC